UACAUAUGUACAUAUAUAACUUAGACGCUUUUAAAAUAAAUAAAUCAUCAUGCAGUCCCUGCUAGUUGCAUUGGCUGCGAUCUGCAGUUUAAAGUUACAAUCCGUGCUUGGUCAUGGACGACUGAUGGAUCCACCCGCGCGCAAUGCCAUGUGGCGCUUUGGAUUUCCAAAUGCGGUAAACUACAAUGACAACGAACUCUUCUGCGGUGGAUAUGCAGUGCAAUGGGAACAGAAUGCGGGGAAAUGUGGGGUGUGCGGUGAUGCGUAUCAUGUGAAAACGCCGCGCCCACACGAGGCGGGUGGUGAAUAUGCGAAAGGGAUAAUUUCACGGUACUACGCGGCAGGGCAGGAAAUCGACGUAGAAAUCGAACUUACUGCCAAUCAUUAUGGCCGUUUCGAAAUGUUCCUCUGCCCCAAUAACAAUCCACGUCGUGAGGCUUCACAAGAAUGUUUCGAUCGCUUU